CUUGCCUUCCACUCUCCCUCAGCCAUCGUCUCUUAUACUCUCCGAUCUGUCAGCAUCACCUUCACUGUCUUCUUCUCCGGUUUUCAAUUGUCUUCUACUUCUCUUUCGAUUACUUCUCCGAUCUGCUUUUCUCUAUCACUAAAGCAAAUAAAAAUGGUGGGCUCGACCUGCAAGAUAGAAACCCCUGGCGCUUCUCUACCCCUGACAUCUCUUAAUCACAUCUCUAUCGUUUGCCGAUCUGUUGAGGAAUCUCUUGAUUUCUACCAGAACGUGCUUGGUUUCUUCCCCAUAAGAAGGCCCGGCUCCUUCGAUUUCGAUGGCGCCUGGUUGUUCAACUAUGGGAUCGGGAUCCACCUUCUGCAAUCAGAGAACCCCGAAAGCAUUACGGUAAAAGCCGAGAUCAACCCAAAGGACAACCAUAUCUCCUUCCAGUGCGAGAGCUUGGCGUUAGUUGAGAAUAAGCUGAAGGAGAUGGGGAUUAGCUACGUUCAGCGGACGGUGGAGGAAGGGGGAAUCUUCGUUGACCAGAUCUUCUUCCAUGACCCCGACGGUUUCAUGGUCGAGAUCUGCAACUGCGAGAACCUUCCGGUCAUCCCUUUACCUGCCGGAGUACCGGCGGCCGGCGUUUGUAAGAGGGUUGGCUGUCUCCUCAAACAGCAGCAGCAACAGCAGCAGCAGCAAACGGUGGCCCAGUGCCACUCCCCGGCCAUCCAUGUUAAGGAGCAGGACUCCCAUAUCCCCUGCGCUUGAA